AUGUUUGCACAAGCAUCUACUGCGUGGAUGGCUGUAAUUGUCUGGAAGACCGAGGAAGCACCUCGUUACCUUAAGGGUUACUCGUUUACAGCGGCUUGUGCCUUUUGCUUGGCCAUAUGGACAUUCGUGGUUCUUUACUUCUACAAAAGGCAGGAGAAGGGUUUUGCCCGCCAGAACGGUAUUGUUCUUUACAAUUCAAAGACAGACCCUGACUCUGUUCCGGAAAGCGAGUCUGAGGCAUCUGUUACAAAAGUCAGGGAACCAACCCUGCCAAAAGGAAAGGCUGAUGAGGCGUUGAACAGCUGA